AUGUAUAAAAUAUCCUGCCUUUUAAUUUUGAUAACAUUACAAUAAUUUCAAUCUUGUUGUCUUUCAUCAUGUUACUUAAGGGAAAAAAAAUUUAAAUCAAUUCUGAGAGGCAACUAUAAAAAUGUAAUAAGUUAUGAAAAUGACUCUUUAUUAAUAAGUAGAAAAUAAAAUAAUUUUAAUGGGUCAGGUAGAUUAAUAGGAAUGCUUUUUAGAAAUUAAAUAUAUGGUGAGGUAAAAGGUACUCAUUGUUAAAUAAAUUAUUCGAUAAUCAUCUAAUUGAAAUAGAAUUAUGAAUUGAAUACUCUUAUAUUAUGGUUAUGGGAUUAACAAACAAGAUAUUACAACCUUGUUGUAUAUGUUUCAUACUAAGAAUAGGAAACAGUCAUUUUUGAUUAAGUGGCUGCUUUUGCUAAAGCAAUAUAUAUAAAUUUCCCUGCUCAAUUUGUUAAUAAAUUCAGAGUUUAUAAUAGAAAUGGAAAUUCAGCUUCGAGUGCAACUAAUAUCAUUAAGGCAGAAGCUUAUUACAAAGUUUGA